AUGGCAAUGACUCCAAAACAACAACAAUAUUUGUUCAUCCUUCUCUUCACAAUCAACAUCCUAAUAAUCACCACCACAUUACAAGCCCGCCGUUAUCGUCCAAAACUACAACUAGACGACACAACAGUAAAAGUCAAAAACGACAUUAACGAAGGUGAAAGCAUCUCCAUACACUGCUACUCCUCAGAAGAUGAUAACGGGACCCACCACCUCUCAUAUGGGUCGGCCAUCCAUUGGAAUUUCAAAGUGAACGUAUGGGGUACCACAAAUCUUUGGUGCGACUUCAACACAAAGCAUGGCUCGGAAAACUAUGGCGUGUACACGAGAAAGGUGAAUGUGAGGUGUGGAGAGGUGUGCGUGUGGAUGAUUCGAGAAGGAGGGCUGUGUCUCCUUCAGACCAACGACGAUAAGGAAGUCCUGUUCUAUGUAAGCUCAAACACCAUAUAA